AUGCUUCUACAACCAUCUUCUCACUUCGACACUCGAUUCCAAGAGAUUCACCUUCUUUGUGCGAAUUGCAAAGCAACCAUUGCGAUCAAUCGUUUGCCAUUGUCUGUUGGUAGAAUCAAUACUACUUCUUCCAACAACUCUGCUUCAAGCAUGUUCAGAGUAUUCAAAGAUCAUCAAGCCAAACAUGUUGCUCUCAUUGGACAGGUGAAUACUCUUCGUGAUGAACCAAUUGGUGAUAAUCAACCUGAACCUAAUAACCCCCCUACUACCAGUACUAGUAGUGAAGAAAAGACACACCUUAUGAAAUGCGUUUCAUGUGGAUCCAAAGUCGGAUCAGUGUUCAAAGGCACUUUUACCAACACAGAAUACAAGAAGCGCAUGUUUGAUGGUACUGAUUGUGUUGUGCAAUGUUAUUAUUAUCAAAACAACGAUUCAACCACUGUAGAAAUGACCUUGAAAGAAUGGAAGAAAACCAGAUUUGCUCUCAAAGAUUUUGCUCUUUAUCCAAGAGAAGAAAAUACCAGCCAUGCAAAGAGAAGCUAUCAACACCCACCAGCCGUAUCAACGUCAGCAGCAUCAGGAAAUUUUCAUAAUGACAUGCAGUCCUCAAAACAUCAUUUCAACCAAACACCUCAACAGGGGGAGACGCUCCAACAUCAACCAGUGAGGACUACAUUUCCCAAAGUGAACUCUUCUUCUUUCUUUUGUCCAAAACAAACGAGCAAUAAUCCAAGCUUUUCACACGAGAAAGAAAUUGGCUUGCAACGAAAUACAAUUUGUGACGAACAGCGCAAACCAGUCAAUAACGCCUUCAAUUCACAAAGAGGCAAAGUCAAUUUGCAACACUUUUCAAGCUCAUCUCAUGAUCGAUCAACAGGUUUUAAACAAACUGCUCAAACAGGCGAGCAACAACUCAACAGAUAUGAUAGAACAGACGCUCGACCAUUCAAGACUGUAAUUCAUAAGAAUGAGCAAAUGGAAAUUACAAGUGUCCUUCACUUGCUUAAUUAUGUCUCAAAACUGUUAAGAGAACGAGAGAUUAUUGUGAAAAAUUUCAUUGGUGAAAAGUUUAGAAACUUAUUCAGCGAUGCAUUGGUGAAGUUUGACGUUUCUCCAAAGUUAGUGAAACUGAUCUUAUCGAUAUUUGCUCUUGAAGAGAUCGGUACAAGCUCGCUAAAGACUGAAAUCAGUUCAACUUUCUCAACUUUAUUGAAUUCUACAUUUUGGACAAUGGAUGUCCCAAAAUAUAUUGAAGGACAUGUGAUUAGUGGAGACCAAGUACUUGAAUUAUUAGUAGUUUUCCAAAGAUGUCUCGAACUCUGUCCAAUAGAAUCUCAUCUUAUUCACAUUGAACUUUUGGAUGACAAGGUCAAGAGAUAUGAGUUUUUGAGCAAUGAAUUGAAGGAGAAGAUUAAUACAAUCAAAAAGGUGAAAGAAAGCACAUUGUCAAAGGUCAAUAGAGAAUUCCAGAACGUAGAAAAUAGCUCGAAAACCGUUGAGGAAGAAGAGGUGUUUAAUUUGGACAUUGAUAUAUAUCCGAAUGUACAAGAGUUAUUGGCAGAGGGUGAACGGUUCAAAAUCAAAAAUAUCGUCAGAGGACCCUAUCAUUCACUUUCUCAAUAUUUGAGCAUUCAGAUUGCUUUAUUAAGGGAAGAUUUUAUACAACCAUUCAGAGAAGGCAUUCAAAUGUUCUUGAGCGAUGUCGAAACCAAGAAAAAUUCGAAACAAAAACGACCAAUGAUCUCUGUCUUUACAGACGUAACAGUGGACAAAGUAGUAGUCACUCAAGUCCAAAGAGAGUUAGUUUUCACCCUUAAAUUUCAAUAUCCGUGGAGAAAGUUGAAUUGGGAUUGUACCAAAAAGUUAACUUUUGGUUCUUUACUGUGCUUGUUUCCUCAGAAAGAGUCUGGAAAGAAAGCAUAUCCAGAAUUUGUUGAGGAUCCAAUAUUUGUCACAGUGGUAGAUAGAAAAAAUGCAUCGUCAGGAGAGCUUUCUGUCACUUUUUGCAGAAAUGAAGAUGUCAAGAGAAUGACAUGGGAAAAGCCUUAUAUUAUGUUUGAGUCUCCCGUUUAUUUCAAUAGCGUGAAACCUGUAAUAGAUUCUCUUAUUCGAAUUGGACAAGAAUGCUUGAUCGAUCCAUCAAAGUUUGCUUUCUAUGAAGAAUUGAUUCAACUCAACCCUCAAAAACCACCCAAGUACAUCCUCAAUAAUUCGAUCAUUUCAUUAUCAUCCCUAAUGAAAAAUAAUUCUAAAAUGGAAAAACAAUUGGAUGUUCUCACCAGCUGGAUAGAGAAUGAUGAAACAUUUCUUGACCCUUCUCAAUCUCUUGCUAUUAAGCAUGCACUUGAAAAUAGAAUUAGUAUUAUUCAAGGCCCUCCAGGAACAGGAAAGACAUUCACUGGAACUGUGUUGACAAAUUUAUUGUCUACACAUCCGAGUUUAAAAAACAAGCCAAUUGUUUGCAUUACAUAUACCAAUCAUGCGUUAGAUCAAUUUCUUGAAGUUCUUAUUGAUAAGUUUCCAAACCUUGUAAGAAUUGGAUCCAGAAGCAAGAGCGAAAAUGAUUUACUUCUAAAAAGGAAUAUAAGUUCUUUAAGACGCCAAUAUGUAGGCUAUUCAUAUGAGAAACAACAGUGUUUGGAGAUCGAACAGAAAAUGAAAAAGAUCACUGCGAAAUUGGCCUCUAUUAGAUAUUCCAUGCAGCACCAAAUUGAGCUGAUAUACAAUCUAUGUGUGAAAUAUUGCCAAGCAUUUAUAAGAAAAAUUAGAAGCCAAUUUCCAUCUCAAUAUUACAUGUCGAGAGAUUUACAAAACAAAACAACACAGUCAAUGUUUGAAGACUGGUAUUUUGGACGGGAUAUUGAACGUGCAACAUACUUCAAACAGAACAGCAGGCGCAAACAACUCACUCGCACUGAAAAUACCUUUGAUGUACUGAGAGAAAUGGACAGCGAUAGCCAUACUGAUGAGAUAUCUGCUGAAGAUCAAUCCGAAGUUCUUCCAGAUCAAAAUACAGUUAAACAAAACCCUCAGGAUAUAGAACAGGACGAUGAUUCCUCUGUACAUGAAAACGAAGACCUCGAGCAGGAAAUAGAAGCAGAGACAUUAGAAGAAGAACUUAAUGAAAUGAUUGAAUAUGAAGUGUGGAAAGAAAUUGUUGAGUCUUCUUCGACAGUGAAAACUCACCACUAUGCAAUGGAAUCAACAAGUGAUUUCAUCCAAGAGAUAACUCUUCUUGAAGAAUAUUUUUCAAUCUUUCCAAAUAUUUAUGAAAUCAAAGUGAAAUAUCGAACCAAGGCAUUUAAGCAAUUGCUGUCGUUUGUGGAGAAAAGGCUGAAAGAUAACUUUUUGCGUCUAGUUGACAAAAGAUCCAAGCUUGAAUCAAAGCUUCAAGAACAAAGAACAGAAUUAGAUUUUUUGAUUUUAGAAAGGAAUCGUGCAAACUUGAUUGGACUUACCUCAACUGCUGCAUCCAUGCACAGACAAUUGUUAACACGAUUGAAAGCACCUGUUUACAUCAUUGAAGAGGCAGCUGAGUUAUUAGAAAGUCAAAUUUCUUCAAUUUUGCAUCCACACAUUGAGCAUUUAAUUUUAAUUGGAGAUGAAAAACAAUUGAGACCGAAGGUCAACUCUUAUCAUUUGGAAAGAAAUUGCAAUUUUUCCAUCAGUUUAUUUGAAAGACUUAUCAUGAAUGGACUCAAUCAUCAAGCCCUAACAAUACAACAGCGUAUGCGACCAGAAAUUCGAAAAUUAGUGGAUCCAUUUUACACUAAGCUCACCGAUCAUGAAAAGGUAACAAGAUAUGAAAAUGUGAACGGUGUUGGCCUGAAUGUCUGCUUUGUUCAACAUGAUCAUGAAGAAUCUCAGUCUGAAGAUAUUCAAUCAAAAACAAAUGAGUUUGAGGCAGAAUUUAUAUGCAAGAUGACCAAGUACAUUAUCAAUGUUAACCAAUAUGGACCUUCUAACAUCACCAUCCUCACACCUUACAAAGGACAGCUAUUACUAAUCAAGUCCAAAUUGAGACGCCUGCUUCCAGUUGAGAAAAGUCAAAAGAUUCGAGUAUCUACUGUAGAUGAUUUUCAAGGGGAAGAAAAUGAUGUUACAUUACUUUCUUUAGUGAGAUCGAAUAACAACAACAGUCUUGGAUUUGUUUCUAUACGAAAUAGAAUUAUUGUCGCUUUGAGUAGAGCGAGAAAAGGUCUCUACAUUCUUGGAAAUCAAGAUUUACUGUCCAACAAUAGCGACUGGUUUAAUAUUUUACAAAGGUUACAAGAAUUCAAAAUGGUUCACGAUCAUUUACCAUUAUUCUGUCCACAACACCCACACAAGAAAGAAUGUAUUCGCAAGCCAAGCGAUUUUGAUGGAGUGAUUUGGGGAGGAUGUAGAGAUCCAUGUUCUUACACCUUUGCUUGCGGACAUGUGUGUCCUUUAACCUGUCACCACCCUGCACUCCACCAAGAUGUUAAAUGCGAGAAAAUUUGUAAUUCCAAAAUUCAAACUUGUGGACACAGAUGCAAGGCAAAGUGUCACCAUCCACAAACAUGCCCCAAAUGUGAAACCAAAAUAGAACACGCUUACCAGGAUUGUGGACACAUUGCCCAAAUUCCAUGCCAUUCUCAGCUCAAUCCAAGACCAUGUCCGCACAUUUGUGGAAAAUUUUUAAAGUGUGGCCAUUCAUGUAAGAAUCAAUGUGGAAUUUGCAAGAUUCAAGGUGGCUGUUCUAAUCACUGUGAGGAAAACAUGGAAGGCUUUUGUGAAUCAUGUCAGAAGAAUUACAAAAGAAAAUGUUCUUCUCCUGAUAUGUGUACCAAUAAGUGUCCUUCUAUAUUGGGUUGUGGACAUCAAUGUUCUGGUACUUGUGGAGAUUGUGCAAUACAGGGAAAGCACCAAGACUGUGCCUUUGAGUGUAGCAAAUAUUUAAUAUGUGGACACAAAUGCGUCAAGAAACACAAAUGUCACUUGCCAUGCUCAAAAUGUGAACAAAAUUGCGAAGUGAUAUGCUUCCAUGGACGAAAUUGCACACUCAAAUGUUUCGAUCGGUGUAUAAAAUGUAAAGAACCAUGCCCAAUCAAGUGUCCUCAUCGAGCAUGUACGAACUUGUGUCAUGAAAGAUGCAAUGUUGAUCCGUGCAAUGAACCUUGCUCAAAAGUUUGUCCAAAAUGCAAUCAAAAAUGUGUUGGACUUUGUGGAGAGCCGUGUCCACCAUGUAUGUUCUGCGAGCAGAAAGAAGGAAUAUGUGACUGGCAAUGCUCUAUUUCAUUUCAAAAAUUUGAGGAUAUGGACUUGUCAACUGACAGGGUUUAUUAUUUACCAGAGUGUGGUCAUAAAUUCCUCUUAGAAUCUAUGGAUCAGUACAUACAAUCUCAAACUGAGGAUUUGGACGGCGAGGGAUUUUAUGUGAAAUAUAUUUCUUGUCCCAAUUGCAAAACUGCUAUUUUCACAGCGCCUAGAUAUCAGAGACAAAUUAAAUCAUGUCUUGAAAGAAUGGACAAUUUGAAACACAAACUGUUGGAGAAAGAACGUGAAGAGGAAGCAAACAGACUUAGUGCCAUUCGAGUUAUCUCAGAGACUGUCAAUUACGCUCAAGGUCAUUGGUUUGCUUGUAAGAAUGGACAUCCGUAUUUCAUUGGCGAAUGUGGAGGAGCAAUGCAAGAAGGCACGUGUGUGGAUUGUGGAGCUCCUAUUGGUGGAAGGAAUCAUCAAGUCACAGAAGGAAAUUCAUUGGCUACCGAGAUAGACGGAGCUACUGCUCCUGCUUGGCCAACAGCUUUACACCGCUAA